AUGGGGUCUUCCUGGAGGUUUGUGAAACUCGAGCCCAUUUGGAGGGAUGAUUCCUCCUGGGACAAUCUCAUUUUGUCAAUGCCACUCAACUCAUGGUACAGCUUAUUUGCUACGAAGCUCUUGGCGCCGCUUCUGGAAGGGCCCGUAACCUGGGCAGCUCUAAAGGUGGAUUUCCAAGGGUUGGAAGGGGAGUGCAUAGUUGAAAUCUGGAAAGAAAUUGGAAACCCUAAUCGUCUUCUCUUCUUCUCGAUCUCGAGUUCAUCACUUCCUUAUUCGAUCUCGAGUUCAUCACUUGCUGCUCUUCUUCAUCAGCCAUCUUCAUUCGGUCUUCUUACAGCUCUGAUUCUUCAUCAGCUCAUCCACUUUGCGACCGGUCGCUUCUCCGAUUCAUCUUCAUCAGCUCUUCAAGCGGUAGAGUCGAGUCAGUCGACCCAUUUUGAUUCGUUGAAUUUGAAUUUGGAAGAUCUUGAUAUGGAUGAUGGGGUUGAAGAUAAUAUUGAUGAAGGGAAUGUCAAUGACCGAGUCCAAGAGAAUCCAUUGUUUGAAGUUUCUGAAGCACCACAUGAUGCUGCAGCUGAAGACAACAUUUGUGGAAAUUAUGGUGGAGAUUGGAGUGCAUGGCAUUACUGAUGAUAUUGACUGAUUAGUUAGUCUUUGUUGGGUUUGAUUUAUCUACUUGUGAUGGUGAACUGUGGCUUAUCUUUAUAUUUUUUUCGUUGUUAAUUUACGUGUUAGUUGUGUGAAGGUUAGACAGAUACUUGUGUGCUGAGGUUGUUGUGGUCUUAUGAGUGAUAACUCAUGCGUUUUAUGUUGUUUCCAAUCCAUUCUAUCUCUUCAGGCGAUU